AGUUAUCCUCUCUUGUUUAAAAUUUGAGAAAUUUUUUGUUGAUGUUAUUUAAGAUUAGCCAAUCAAUUUCUUUCAUCAAAACAAGCUCAUUUGCUUAGCGGUGUCUUUCUUCUUACUUAGUCUGUAAAAGCAGACUUAAAACACCAACAAGUUAGUCUAAUAAUACUAAUAGACUAAUUUAGUUUUAGAAGAGCUGAAGCCGUGACGAUGAGAGAACGUUGCCUGUGGUGAGUGACAUGUGGUGGUAUGUGGAAAAUAUAAAAGGCCAAAGUCUGAUGCUGCAGCCACAAAUAAACUAGACCAACAAACAAUUGUCAGAAUCAUGGCUACAAGUGAUAAAAUAGAGAGAUUAAGGGAGAGAUUGUUGGUAUGUCCAAUAUGUAUGGACGAAUUUAAAGACCCACGUCUGCUUCCUUGUCAUCAUACUGUCUGUUUUGAAUGUAUCGGCAAUAUUGUACGCUCAUCGUCUAACACUGGAAGAUUAUUUCGAUGUCCGCAAUGUCGCACAGAUGUUUUCGUACCAAGAGGUGGAAUAGAUGCUUUUCCGAUCAGUUUUUACAUUUUAAGUGUUCAAGAUGAGCUUGGAUCGAAGGGUUACAGUAGUUCUUGUGAUAUAUGCGAGCGAGAAUGGAUGCAGUCGCAGUUUAAAUGUGUGGAUUGUGAUUUAGAUAUUUGUCGUUUUUGCAUCCAUGAGCAUCGCUUAUGCCAUCAUGAUUCCACACGUCACGCAAUUAUCAGAAUUGAAACCGCGCCGAAUGCUGUCAAUAUGUCCUCCAAUCGUACAUGUCCAAAGCAUGCAGAUGAAAUUUUACAAAUUUACUGCAUUACGUGCGAUGUGGCUGUGUGCAUCACCUGUUCAUGUGAGGAUCACAAAGUUCAUGACACAGUACCAAUGACGAAGAAGCUUCGCGAAGCUCAAAAACAAUUACAAACAGAAUUGGAUCGACUAACCCUUGAAAAGAAAGAUGCUGAUACACUCAUGGAUAGUAUUCAAACAACUAUUGAAGAGAUAAAAACAACUUCCUCAAAGACUUUAAUGGAGGUUGAUAAGAGAUCGAAACAUCUUCAGCAAAAUAUUGAACGAUUUACAAGCAUGAAAAAAGACUUGUUACAAAAUGAAGAGACGAAAGGUCUAAAAGAGUUGAGUUCUUACAGCGAUGAGUUGAAAUCAUAUUUCGAUCAGCUGGAUAAUGGUGUUCACUUCCUCGAAGAGCUCCAGGAAGGGGACAUGUGUUUGGAACUUUUAGAUGGUUUUGAGAAAUUUCAGAAAACACUGUGUGAACAGAAACAACACCUAAAAAGCAGAUCACUUACAUAUAAAACAAUGUCGUUUGAGAAGGGUCGGGACUACAUAUUUCGUGAUGUAAUGUUUCUUAAUUUCGGUAGUUUAGUCAACAAGAAGAAAACCCUGAAUUCUUUAGGUGAGGAGACGAAAUCGUCAAACAACGAUAACAACGACAUAAAUACUGAGACGUGGACUAUGAAGAAAUUGAUUGGCUCUAUAUUUAUGUUAGUUAUAUUUACGACCUUAGGGCAAAUUUUCCUUGCUUUUGUAGAAAAUCCAAAUAAUUUAGAUGUUUUAUUUAUAACUUUACUUUGUUUAGUUUAUCUUUUUGUAGCUUCAUAUUUUGCUUAUCGUAAAUCUUCAAAACUUGUAACUUAUAAGAAAGUUUAGUCUUCUUACAUUUACUUUACUUGUAGUUGUACCUUAUGUACAUUUAUUUUAUUUGUACAGAUUUUAAUGUUUUAGAAUUAAAAAUAUUUUAUUAUGUUAGAAAUGAAGGUACAGAAAAAAUUUGAUACGGUAAACUACAUGAACUCCAGAGAAGUGGUAUCUGGUGUUCUAGAAAAUUAAACCACAAAUACAGAUCAGUUUUAUUAUGAAUUACAUGUGUAUUUAUAGAAAAAAAAAUUUGUUCUUCCUAGGUUGUGUCUUUGAUAGAUUUCAUGCGAUUAGACAGUUUAUUGCUCACAUUUUGGUUGGUCUUGAUAUGUAAAAGGAAUAGUCUUGGUUAUUAUGAUUGAUCUUGAUUUGUAUAUGUAAUAGUCUUGGUCAUUAAGGUUGAUCUUGAUUUGUAAUUGGAAUAGACUUGGUCAUUAUGAUUGAUCUUGAUUUGUAAAUGGAAUAGUCUUGGUCAUUAUGAUUGAUCUUGAUUUGUAUAUGUAAUAGACUUGGUCAUAAUGGUUGAUCUUGAUUUGUAAUUGGAAUAGACUUGGUCAUUAUGAUUGAUCUUGAUUUGUAAAUGUAAUAGACUUGGUCAUAAUGAUUGAUCUUGAUUUGUAAAUGGAAUAGACUUGGUCAUUAUGGUUGAUCUUGAUUUGUUAAUGUAAUAGAUCUAGUCAUUAUGGUUGAUCUUGAUUUGAAAUUGGAAUAGACAUGGUCAUUAUGGUUGAUCUUGAUUUGUCAAUGUAAUAGAUCUGGUCUUUAUGAUUGAUCUUGAUUUGUAAAUGUAAUAGACAUGGUCAUUUUGAGACUAACAUACAGCUAAUUAUGUUUCUAUGGUCACAUAUGCAAUGCUAGACUGCUAGUUGAUCUUGAUUUGUAAUUGGAAUAGACAUGGUCAUUAUGGUUGAUCUUGAUUUGUAAAUGUAAUAGAUCUGGUCUUUAUGAUUGAUCUUGAUUUGUAAAUGUAAUAGACAUGGUCAUUUUGAGACUAACAUACAGCUAAUUCUGUUUCUAUGGUCACAUAUGCAAUGCUAGACUGCUAGUCUGGACAGUGACUGUUUCUGUGAUCACAUAUGCAGUGCUAGGAAAGAGAAUUUAGGCUCUACUUUUAAUCUACUUACAACUGAGGAAGGUUUUUUUUUAUCAACUAAUCCCCACCUCUUGUAGUAAAUCUUAUUCCAGUGUUUUACAUCAUUCUUGUUUAUGUUAUUUAUUCUGUGUAUAUAUUAGACUGGUAAUUUAAUUACAUACUGCAAAUAUUAGAGGAUUUCAUACAAGUAUUAUCAAUAUUUGUAACAAUUAAGUGUUUUUAAUAUGCAUGUUUAAUAGAUAAUUGAUAUAUUUAAAUAUGUAAUAAACAUUUAUAUACUACCAUUUAAUUAUAUAUACCAUAAUGAUCACAGAUAACUUGGAUCUUAUAAUUAUCUAUACUGUAGUGUCAAUAGUGAAGCACCAUGUCAGUUUUUAGGUAAUGGUGUACUGCUCAUAUAUUUGUGAUUAUUAUAAUAUAUACUGAUACCAAAGAAAAUUAAUAUUACCCCAAUUUUAUUAUUACUCCAAUGUUGUUAUAUUUUUGCAUCUUGAAAGUGCCAUGGUUAAUUUUCUGUAAUUUUAUAAUUUUAUGCUGUAUAUCUUUAAUGAAAGAGGUAAAUAAUAAUAUAUACAAAAAAAAUCUUUUGGGUUUAUAAUGGAUAAUUCAACAAUAUACGCAAUAUCUUGUACUUUAAGAUGGUCUGUAAGGAUUGGUUUGGAAUACACAACCAUAAUGGACAGUGUUAUAUGCUUUUUGUCACAGCUUGAAGGUGUUAAUACACAAAACCUGAUAUACAAACAUAAUUAUACAUAAUAUACAAGUUAUAGAAUGUGAUGGUAUUAAAACUAGAUGGUACUACAUCUAAUCUAUUUAACCCUUUAAACAUCAAGAUUAUUUUGGGCUUUCGACUAAGAAAAGCAAAUUUAACAUUGUCAUUUUUACUAUUGGUUAUAGAGGGUUAAGUAUAUAAAUGCACAUUAUGGACCGACAGGCAAUAUUUAUACCAUUUCAUUUAGCAGACAUACCAUUUCAUUUAGCACACCCAAUAUUUAUACCAAUUCAUUUAGCACACCCAAUAUCAUAUAGUACACACAAUAUUUGUACCAUUUCAUUGGUAUUUUAGAUGUGGUUGAUCCAAACAAACUUAUUAAGUUAUUAAAAUGAUGCCAUUAUUUUUAGAACAAUAUUUUUAGAACAGUAGGUUUUAAAUAAACAAUUUUUUGAUGGAUUUUCAUUAGGAUAUUCCAGUUAAAGUGAUGACGUCUGGACCAAAAAUUAUGAAAUUGUUUUUGAAUAUUUCUUUAAAAGCUCUUGGAGCUAACCCUUGUUCACUUCAUUUGUAAUACAGGUAAAAUGAGAGGUGGACAGAUUCUGGCAUCUAGCCUGAAAAGUGGAAUGUUCAUAGUAAUUUGCAUUCAUGAUUUAUCCUUUUCAAUUUUUGAAACUUCAUUAAUAUAAGUGGGUUUUUUUUUGGUAAUCCUUUAAACUACCUUACAUCAUGUAGAAUUAAAUUGACCGAAAAAGAAUAACAUUUCUGGACCAUAUGUUUGUUUAAUAUGAGCUAUUUGUUUUUAGAAUGUCUUAGAUUUUCUAAAUGAACAUUACAUCCCUGACAACAUGAUGCAGCUUCUUAAUAUUUUAACACAACAAUUACCCAUGAAUUUAAAGCCCUGGCAGAUGAUAACCCUGUUUCUUGGUGGUCCUUUAAGCUCUUUCUUUAUACUACUAGCCAGACCAAAAAUUACAAUACAUAUCUGUCAAGUAUUUGUGAAUAUUUAGUGAACUUUUCUUAUAAUCGAUCUUUUGUUUCUUUUGAUUCCUCAAUUUGUGUUGAUUAAAUUGUCAUGUUUUUUAAAGCUUAAUUAAAAUAUUGGGUUGUAAUUUUAUAAAAAAAAUUAUGAUUAUCUAUUUUGAAAUCCUUGAAUCUUUAUUAAAGGAGUACUCUAGUUGUUGCAGAUUUUUUAUGUUUUUUUUUUUUCAUUUCCUAUUAAGAUAGUUUCAACCAUUCACAACUUGAAAGGCAAAUCAUUUUAUCUUUAAUUACUGUAACAUGAUGGCUAUGAUGUCAUGAGAAGAACUGUCAGUCACUUUAAAUAAACAAACCAGCUACACUUUCUAUAACAGCUACCGUAAUCUUUGUUUUGUAAACAUUUUGAGAAAAUUGUUGGAUUGAAGAUGCCUAGUACAUAAUGCUGGUUGGUUUAUUGACAGUUCCUAUCAUGACAUCACAGCUCAUGUGUUAAUAUGUUUUAAUCAUUAAAGGAAUAAAAAAAAUUGGUCCUUAGGGUUUUGUGUAUGGUUGGUUGUGAUAUCGCUUCAUUGUGGAACUGGAUGCUAUCUCAGAUAUCAUGGUUGUAUGUAUACUAUUGGGUAAAGUGUCCUGUCGCAUGGUUGUGUGUGGCUGAACUAUUUCAAUAUUAGAUAAUUAAUAAAAUGUAACAAAUCUGCAACAAUUUUAUUUCUCCUCUAAUAUUUUUUUUGUUUUGGAUUGUUUGUUAUUUAAUAUACUGGUAAUGCGCUUGUUCAAUAUAUUGUUUAAUUAUGUAGGUUUAUUAGUUGACUUUCAUGAAACUGUUCUGAAAUAAUAUACUUUGUUAAUUAUUAUAUCUGCUUGUUAGUUAUAUAAAAUUAGUUCUAAUUAUGGUUAACAAUGUUUAUUAAGCUUUUUGCUUUAUUAUUAUAUCAUAUUGCAUAGUUUUAAUGUACUAUUAAAAAUAAUUUUAGUUUAUUAUUUAAUAAAACUUUCUGAUG